GGAUGACCUCGUACAAUAGGUGCAAUGGGGUUCUAUAGUCACCUGUCGGGGAAAUCUUAUCUAAUUGGAUCCAUUUAUAUCUUCUAUUGUGAAUUUAUUCAGAUGGGAUUUUGAUGAAGGAGUUGAAUCGCCUUCUUCGCUCUAAUGGGUAUUUUGUUUAUUCGGCUCCACCUGCAUAUAGAAAAGACAAAGAUUAUCCUGUCAUUUGGGAUAAGUUAGUGAAUUUGACUACGUCAAUGUGCUGGAGACUUAUUGCUCGAAAAGUUCAGACAGCAAUAUGGAUUAAAGAAAAUAAUCAGUCAUGCCUUCUGCACAAUGCAGAACAAAAGCUUAUAAAUGUAUGUGAUGCUGCUGAUGAUUCUAAACCUUCGUGGAAUAUCCCACUCAAAAAUUGUGUACAAGUUAGAAAUUCAGAAGCAGAUUCUUACAAGCUUCCUCCUAGUCACGAGCGCCUUUCAGUGUUUUCUGAAAACCUGAAGAAGAUAGGUAUAAAUCAAGAUGAAUUUACAUCAGAUACUCUUUUCUGGCAAGAUCAGAUUCGUCAUUAUUGGAAACUGAUGAAUAUCAAGGAGACAGAAAUACGCAAUGUGAUGGAUAUGAAUGCCUUUUGUGGUGGAUUUGCUGUCGCACUAGAUAACUUUCCUGUUUGGGUAAUGAAUGUAGUUCCUGCAAGCAUGAAGAACACCUUAUCUGGAAUUUAUGAUCGGGGAUUGAUUGGAACUUUUCAUGAUUGGUGUGAACCAUUUUCAAGUUAUCCUCGGACAUAUGAUCUUUUGCAUGCCAACUUCCUCUUCUCGCACUACAAAACCCAAGGGGAAGGUUGUUUAUUGGAGGAUAUUGUGCUGGAGAUGGAUCGUCUUAUACGGCCAUUGGGAUUUAUUAUCAUUAGGGAUGAGGAACAUAUUAAGUCAAGAAUCGAAGAGGUAGCCCCAAAAUUCAUGUGGGAUGUGGAGUCACAUUUGCUAGAGAACAAAGAAAAGAAGAUGGAAACUGUUUUAAUAUGUAGAAAAAAGUUUUGGGCAAUCGUCUAAGGUGAUUUGACCUAAAACCUUUUUCACUUGGAAAUUGUUUUUAAACAUGCGGGUAAUUUGUAAUUUUAAAGUUCUUCUGUAUCUGCAUUGUUCAUUGCUUGAAGAGCAUUUUGUGUAGAUGUCUAGGGGGCAGUCAAUUUGUACAUGACUUCAGUUUCAGUUCAGCAAUUAUGAAUUAAGUUUU